AUGCAGACGAAGCCGGUUCGGCGACCUGCGUCUCGGAGUUGCGUCAGCGAUCUGAAGCGCAUGCAGCCGGCCGUUUGGGGAAACUGUCAAAACGCAGAUGGCCCGCAAGACGGCGGAGGCCGUGCAACAGUGGGCGACUUCGGCGUCGACGAAGACGGCGACGGAUGUAAAAUGGGUGGUGACAAAUGA